AUUUGUUGAUUAUUCUACUUUUAAUUCGUUUGGAAAUUGGGAUUCUUCAAGAGUGUAGCGUUUAUAGUUGAAGUUGAAGCGAACGCAUAUCAGAAUCCAUGGCGGCAUGGGCCUUAGCUUUGUUGCUCUUCUUCAACCACCUACUCCUCCACGCGGCACCACAAACUACCACCGAUCCUGCACAAGCACGAGCUCUGAACUCCAUAUUUCGACAAUGGAAUAUAUCGGCGAAGCAGAAUACAAGUAUUGUCGGGACGGGAACUCCCGAUCUAAUCGAGAGGUGGAAUAUCAGCGGGAACCUAUGCACUGGGAGCGCUGUGGACACCAGAAUAAACAUCGAGGAUCCAAAAUACAACCCCUUUAUCAAAUGCAAUUGCUCCUUCAACAACGCAUCUACUUGCUUCAUUACCCACCUGUAUGAAGGUUUCUUCAUUGGAUAUUGCUGGUGUAUUCCCACCCGAGCUAUGGAUUUUGAAAUCCCUCACCUAUCUGUCUGCUUUCUUCCUAAUGCUUUCCUUGGUGUUGCUCCUUCAUUUAUUUUCUAUUGCUGGUGUAUCAUAUAUGCUGUGAAGUUAACCGAUAUUCUCUUAAUUUCUCCCAGGAAUUUGGAGAAAAAUUUAUUGUCUGGGCCAUUAUCGCCGUCUGUUGGUAAACUAACGCAAUUGAGUACCUUGAUCAUUCGCAUUAAUAAAUUAUCAGGGGAACUUCCGAAGGAACUUGGACUUCUUUCCAAUCUGAGAUUCUUGGCCUUUGGGACUAACAAUUUCUCCGGUCCAUUACCAUCAGAGCUCGGAAAGCUUUUUAUGCUAGAGGAACUGUACUUUGAUAGCUCUGGAGUGCAAGGCGAUAUUCCCACAACAUUUUCAAAUCUAACGAAUUUGCGGACAGUAUGGGCAUCGGACAAUGAACUUACCGGCAAAAUACCUGGGUUCAUUGGGGACUGGUCAAAGCUCACUACUUUGAGGUUUCAAGGAAACUCUUUCAUGGGUCCCAUACCCUUGACAUUUUCAAACUUGACAGCUAUGAAUGAGUUGAGAAUUGGUGAUUUAUCAAAUGGGAGAUCGUCCCUAGAAUUUAUCAAGAAAAUGACAUCUUUGAAGACCUUAGUAUUGAGAAAUAAUAAGAUAUCAGAUACAAUUCCUACCUACAUUGAAGAGUUUAAAGAAUUGAGCCUGCUAGACUUAAGCUUUAACGAGUUAUGGGGAGAGAUUCCAAAGUCACUUUUCAAGUUGAAUUCGCUAAGAUACUUGUUUCUUGGAAAUAACCAGUUAACUGGUACGCUACCUUCAGAAAAGCCUGGUUAUCUUCUUAGCAUAGACUUAUCAUACAAUGGUUUAUCGGGUAGCUUUCCUGACUGGGUCGAUGAGGAUUCAGCCAAGCAUUUAAAUUUAGUUGCCAACAACUUCACGUUUGGAACAUCACAUAUUGGCCAUUUCCCUACGGGUUUGAACUGUCUUCGACGAGAAUUUUCUUGUAAUCAAGCUUCUGAACUCCGUCCUAGUUUUGGGAUCAACUGUGGGGGUCCAAAAUUUGAGAGUUCCUCUCAGGAGUAUGAAAGGGAAAUUGAGAUUGAUGGUAUGGCUUCAUACUAUGUUAGUGACUCAGAAACUUGGGCUGUUAGUGAUGUUGGAUACUUUCCUGAGAUCAACAAAAACUCUAGUCAAUAUAACAGAUACAAUGACACGGAACAUCCAAUUGCAAAUACAAAUGAUUCAGACCUUUUUCAGACACAAGAAUUAUCUACUUCGUCGUUGAGAUUUUAUGGUCUAGAGCUUAAAAAUGGGAACUACACUGUGAAGCUUCACUUUGCAGAACAUGCUUUCGCAGAUUCAUCUACAUGGAGCAGCCUUGGGAGGCGUGUCUUUGAUAUAUAUAUUCAGGGGAACCGGGUUUUCAAAGAUUUUAAUAUUCAAAACGAGGCAGGUGGGUCUUUUCGUGCUGUUACAAAGAUAUUUAAGGCACAAGUUUCAGCAAACUACAUGGAAAUUCAUCUUUUUUGGGCUGGGAAAGGUACUUGCUGCAUACCUGACGAAGGUACUUAUGGACCUUCUAUUUCAGCAAUCAGUGCAAGUCUAGAUUCUGAACCUGUAAGUAAUGUGAAGAAUGGAACCAGUGAAAUAAAGGGGACUGGUAGUCACAAGAAUGAAGCCAGUCUAAUAGUGGGGAUUGUUGUUGGUGUAGGAUUUGUUUGCUUUCUAGUUGUCACAAUUUUCAUUCUUUUUCAAAGAAGGAAAGGACGCUCCUUGGAAGAUGAAGAGCUCUUUGGAAUUGAUGAAAGACCGCACACUUUUAGUUAUUCUGAACUCAGGAAUGCUACAGAGGAUUUUAGUUCAUCCAACAAACUCGGAGAAGGAGGUUUUGGACCGGUUACCAAGGGAAUUCUAAAUGAUGGAAGAGUAAUCGCUGUAAAGCAACUUUCAAUAAAAUCUGACCAAGGAAGAAACCAGUUUUUGGCUGAGAUUUCUACAAUAUCUGCCGUGCAACAUCGCAACCUUGUGAAGUUGUAUGGUUGUUGCAUUGAGGGUCAAAAACGUCUCCUUGUUUAUGAGUACCUGGAGAAAAAGAGUCUCGACCAAGCAUUAUUUGGAAAACGAACUUUCGUUCUUGAUUGGCCAAAACGAUUUGCUAUAUGCAUGGGUGUCGCGAGAGGCCUAACAUAUCUUCAUGAGGAAUCGAGACUUCGAAUUGUUCAUAGAGAUAUUAAAGCCAGUAACAUUCUACUUGAUGCUGAUCUCAACCCCAAAAUUUCAGAUUUUGGGUUAGCGAAGCUUUAUGAUGACAAAAAGACUCAUAUGAGCACCCUUGUUGCUGGAACAAUUGGAUAUCUUGCACCUGAGUAUGCCAUGCGUGGGCAUCUAACUGAGAAGGCUGAUGUCUUUAGUUUUGGUGUUGUGGCUCUUGAAAUUGUUAGCGGUAGGCCAAAUUCGGCCCCAGGCUUGGAGGAGGACAGAGUUUUUCUACUUGAAUGGGCUUGGUAUCUGUAUGAAAACGAUCGUGAAAUUGAGUUGGUAGAUUCUGAUUUGUCCACAUUCAAUGAGGAUGAAGUUAAGCGGGUGAUCAGAGUAGGUCUUAUGUGCACUCAAACGUCCUCAGGUCGUCGGCCAUCGAUGUCACGAGUGGUGGCAAUGCUGUGUGGAGAUAUUGAAGUGGCAAGUGUACCUUCAAAGCCUGGAUACUUAACUGACUGGACUUUUGAUGAUAUAGGCACAUUUACGAAUGAUACUACAACAACCACAGCCUCCGACACUACCCAUCAGGGCAGUUCGAGUAUUGGCAUCCGUGCUAAUAAUUGAAGGCUUAAUUAAGGCCUCUCAUCUAUUUAUUGGCCUCUAUUAGAUUUGAGGACAACACAUUGUAAGGCUCUUUAGGGCCUUUUGUAUAGUUAUAUGGUGUAUAAUGUAAGAAGCCAUUCUGUGGUUGUCAAUUCUGCGGCUGACAAUUUGUAAAGAAAAGCUAUUCAAGUCAGCGAAGAGAGACAAAUCAAGUACAAUAAUAGUGAUUUGUAGUUUCCUCGUAUGGUAGGCUACUUUGUUUUGA